GUCUUUGCCAACUCAAUCUUCCACUCCUUCAAGCUUCAACCACUCUAUUAUUAGAGACCCAUCAUUCCGUUACUCUCUUCCUUAAUUACGCAAUCACUUUCUAAAUCAAACUUCAACAACACACUAAUUAGUAACUCUAUAUAAAUUAAAUUCCACACAAAAAACAAGAUUAGAAGAAACAAAAAUGGGUAUUAGUAGCAGAUGUUUCAGCUUCACUACAUGGAGUGACAGAUGGUUCCGUCACUCAUUCUCCAAAUCCGGCUUAAAAUCAACCACCACCGAUCUCGGCGACGGAACCGUCAUGCAUUGUUGGGUUCCAAAAACACUGAAAAAACACAAACCUUCUCUUAUUCUCAUUCACGGAAUCGGUGCCAACGCAAUGUGGCAAUGGAACCGUUUCAUUUCACAAUUCACGCGCCACUUCAAUGUCUACGUACCCGACUUGGUUUUCUUCGGGGAUUCAACCACGGCCCGACCCGAAAGAUCUGAACAGUUUCAAGCUAAGUGUGUUAUGGGUUUGUUGGAGGGUCAUGGUGUGACUAGAAUGAGUGUGAUUGGGUUGAGUUAUGGUGGAUUUGUGGCGUAUAGUAUGGCGGCGAUGUUUCCGGAGAAGGUGGUGAAAUUGGUGGUUUGUUGUGCUGGAGUUUGUAUGGAAGAUAAGGAUAUGGAUGAUGGGUUGUUUCAGGUGAAAAGUGUUGAUGAAGCUGUUAGUGUUUUGUUGCCUCAGACACCAGAAAUGAUUAAGGAGUUGGUUAACCUUACUUUUUUUAAGCCUAUUAGAACCUUGCCUAAUUGGUUUCUUAAUGAUUUCAUUGAAGUGAUGUGUAUAGAACACCGCCAGGAGAAGAAAGAACUAAUCCAAGCACUGCAUAAGGACAGAAAUUUGUCUAAUCUUCCCAAGAUAACCCAACCUAUGUUAAUUAUCUGGGGAGAACAUGACCGUGUAUUCCCAUUGGAAUUAGCACACCGAUUAAAACGACAUGUGGGAGAGAAGGCAGAAGCAGAACUAGUGGUAAUUGAGAACGCAGGACAUGCAAUAAACGCAGAGAAGCCGAAAGAAUUGUACAAGAAUUUGAAAUCCUUCCUCAUUGAUCCCUUCACAACUUCUAAACAAGAAAACCACAGCAAUGGUCCUAAGGUGGAGUAGAAAGUUUAAGCCUGAGAAUUAGAACAAGUUCUCUGCAUUAUUGAUUAUGUAGUAUAAGAUUAGCAAUGAUCAACAACUACUGCUAUAUCUACUAGUAGUAUUUUAUUUGCAUGUGCAACUCAAAUACUCAAUGGAAAAAAAAUAUGGGUUUUCAUUUUACUUUUUUUGGUCAAUAUAGAUAUUCAUAUACUCUUGUUGUUAAUGUAUUGCAAAAUGCAUGUGCAGAAUGCUGAAUGUAACCAAAAUAAAAAAAAUGCUGAAUGUGUAGCCUCAUACUCAUAAAUAUUCCAUUCAUACUCAUUGGAAAAAAACAUAAUGGUUGCUGUUAA